CUGCAUGUAUGGGUUGAAGGAUAAAUCAUUCAAUAUGGUCCUUUCCUUUGCUAUAUAUAGGCUUCUAGUUAAUCUCAAGUUUUCCUCCAUCUCUCUCAACACAUUAAAAGCACAAAGGAAAUUUGUGUAGAUUUCCUUCUCCCCAAGUUCAACACCUCAUAUCUGCAACCGGAUAAAACCCUAGCUCUUCAAUUUUUCAUCUACCAAUACCAGCCAUACAAAGUCAAGCAAACAUCAGUUCAACAAAUUCAACAGGGUCAUCAAUAUCUUCCAUGCACGUUGGUUCGAGUUCAACAAAACCCUAAUUAAUUACCCCAUUUUAUUAGCUUAUUUAAUCUAAGUUUACCUUUUCAUCAAAACCUCAUGAAAACUGAGGUAAGAGGAAACGGUGCAUCCAUUUCCCUUCAAAACCCUAGCUUUUUCAACCCCUCUCAGGGUUCCAUAACCGGAGCACUGACAGGAUGCCUCGGUAGUCUUGACGGAGCAUGCAUAGAGAAGCUUUUACUUCACUGCGCCAGUGCCCUUGAGAACAACGAUGUGACUUUGGCUCAGCAAGUCAUGUGGGUGCUCAACAACGUCGCUUCCUACAUGGGCGACACGAACCAGAGGCUCACCUCAUGGUUCUUGAGAGCGCUCAUCUCUAGGGCGUCUAGGGUUUGCCCCACGGCCAUGAAUUUCAAUGGCGGAAGCAUGUUUCAGAGAAGGCUAAUCACUGUCACUGAGCUAGCCGGGUAUGUCGAUUUAAUCCCUUGGCAUCGUUUUGGGUUUUGUGUAUCGAACAGUGCCAUUUUCAAGGCGGUUGAAGGAUGCACGAGAGUUCAUAUAUUAGAUUUCAGCAUCACUCACUGUAUGCAGUGGCCGACUCUAAUAGACGCCCUGGCUAAGCGGCCGGAAGGGCCUCCGUCGCUUCGAAUCACGGUGCCCUCUUGCAGGCCACAAGUUCCCCCUUUGCUUAACGUGUCGAAAGAGGAAGUCGGUCUCCGUUUGGCGAAUUUCGCCAAGUUCAGGGACGUACCUUUCGAGUUCCAUGUCAAAGAUGACCCUUGCUUCUCCAAUGAAUCCUUUGCUGUUAAGUUUGAAUCACUGUUGACUCAGUUGACUAGUUCCGAGCUAGACCUUAGGGAGGAUGAAGCUUUGGUCAUAAACUGUCAAAACUGGCUACGCUAUUUGUCUGACGAGACAAAACUGAACACUGCUCACGGUUUUUCACUGCGAGAUGCUUUCCUUGACACAAUCAAAGGCCUUAAUCCUCGUAUUACAGUUGUGGUCGACGAGGAUUCUGAUUUAAGCGCACCAAGCCUAAGUUCGAGAAUCACAACAUGCUUCAAUUAUCUAUGGAUACCCUUUGACGCAUUGGAGACAUUCUUGCCCAAAGAUAGUUCCCAAAGGCUUGAGUACGAAUCCGAUAUCGGUCACAAGAUCGAGAACAUCAUCAGUUUCGAAGGGUCCCAAAGGAUGGAGAGGCUAGAAUCAGGCACAAAAUUGUCACAAAGGAUGAAAAAUGCAGGUUUCUUCAGCCUCCCAUUUUGUGAAGACACCAUUAAUGAAGUUAAAUCGCUACUAGAUGAACAUGCAAGUGGAUGGGGCAUGAAGGGAGAGGAAGAUAUGGUGGUUCUCACAUGGAAAGGUCACAACUCAGUGUUUGCCACGGCCUGGGCCUCGAAUGAGUUGGAGGAUUGAGAC